AUGGGAUCCCGUAGUGCCGACGGUUUAUCUCUCCUUCUCAAUAUACAGACAUGUUUCCAUCAAGUGGAGCUCUUGGAACAAAGUACGGCGACGAUAAGGACAAGGCUUAAAUGGAGUUUUUUGGCAAGUGUGUUGCUUGCUGCGUUCGAAUUCUUUCAAGUGAUCAUAGCAUUGGGUGCCUACGAAAAGUUUACCUCUGAAUCUGUGGAAAUAGGGGAAACAAAGAAAAAAUGUUCAUUGCUCACAGUCAAAACGGACGAGAUUAAAGCUGAAAUGAUAGCCUCGAAUUCUUCAACAUCAGCGACUCUUUUGGAGUUGAGAAAGGAAAUAGCCCAUCUUGCUAGUCGUUCUACAAAAGGUGCUGAAGCUCGGGAAGACUUGGAAUUCGUUCACAAAAGAAGUUUGUUGGGCCAACCAUAUCAAUCCUCAAGCUUUGGUCAUGUCAAAGUUCCUCUUGCUCCCUUGAAAUGGGGAAAUAACAUCAAAGUGAAUUCAACACAAAAACUCCCAGUGAGUGAUUUAGUUGCACCCACUCGUGAUAAGUUCAGGUCCCACCCACAGAAGAAAGCAUCCGGUGUCAAGGUCAAGGUGGGUUCUGAAUCAUUCGAUAUUUCGACGGAAACAGGGUUAAAUAAAUGGCGCGACUACAUGAAAACUCAGAUGGAAUCAAAAAACAACAACUCGGCGAACGAGAAUCAAGAUUCCUCAAAAUCUGCAUCCACCCUAGCAGAGGAUAUGGCAAAUGAAUCUUCGUCACCAUAUGAAGAGAACGGUCUUGUAUUUUCUGCGAACACGACGGAAAUAUCAAAGUCUGCUAAUACAGAGGAUAUGAGUCCCAUCAAGGAAAAGUUAGGAGUCGAAGAAAGACGGGAGAUCACUGCAUACGACCUACGUCCUGUUCAGACAGUUGAUCAAAAUGGCAAACCAUACAGGCGAGUUUUUGUUCCCGGAUAUGGUUGGAUCAAUGCCCGGAAGUUACAAGAGAUUAGAGCUGCCUCGGAUGCCAAAGAGGUUAUUUGA